AUGGUUUUCUCCCUCACAUUCCAUAUUAAGUUUUCUAUCUCUAUAUACAUCAUUCCCUCAUUCUCAAUCUUCAUCUCAUCUCUCAUUGGAAUUACGUGGACUCAAACCCUUCCGAUCAUGGUCGCUUUCAUUGCCACUUUCAUUUUCCUCCUCGCCCUAACCAACGCUCAAAACGCCCCCGGUGACUACCUCGCGCUUCACAACCGAGCUCGAGCCCAGGUCGGCGUCGGCCCCAUGCAAUGGAGCAACACCGUGGCCGCGUACGCUCAAGCCUAUGCGAAAAAAAGAAAGGGUGACUGCGCCAUGAUUCACUCAACCGGGCCGUACGGGGAAAACAUAGCCGCGGGCUACUACCCUGAGUUUACUGGGGCAGAUGCGGUGAAGCUGUGGGUGAACGAGAAGCCGCUGUAUGAUCAUGCGUCGAAUAAAUGCGUGGGUGGUGAAUGUGGGCACUACACUCAGAUGGUGUGGCGGAGCUCGGUGCGGCUUGGAUGUGCUAGAGUACCCUGCAAGGCUAAUUCUCAGUUUGUUGUUUGCAAUUAUGAUCCUCCUGGCAACUAUAUUGGGGAAAAGCCUUAUGAUUCUUGGGUGGUAUGA